AAUGCGUUCUUGAACGGCCAUCUGGAGGAAGAAGUCUAUAUGAGCAUGCCUCCCGGGUAUGUUCAAGAGGGAAAAUGUUGUCACCUCAAGAAAGCUUUGUAUGGCUUGAAGCAGUCGCCUAGAGCUUGGUUUGAGAGACUAAGGAUCGUUAUGAAGUCUACUGGGUACAAGCAAGGAAAUGGAGAUCAUACCCUAUUCAUAAAGCAGAGAGGUGGUCUGGUGAGUCUUCUCCUUGUCUACGUUGAUGAUAUGAUUGUCACUGGCAGUGACGAAGAAGAAAACAGAAAGAUGAAGGAGAGAUUAUCUAAGGAAUUCGACCUCAAGGAUCUGGGUAAGCUGAGAUACUUUCUGGGGAUAGAGAUUGCUCGAUCAGAGACAGGGCUGGUUAUGAAUCAAAGGAAGUACACUCUUGACUUACUAAAGGAGACAGGCAAACUUGGUUGUAGGCCCUAUCUUACUCCUAUAGAGUCGGGAACUAAGAUAAGUAUCAAGACGGGCACUAUUCUGGAUGAGGAAGGAAAAGGGCGAUAUCAGAGGCUAGUAGGUAAGCUUAUCUAUCUUACUCUAACUCGCCCUGAUAUCACGUAUGCGGUAAAUGUGCUAAGUCAAUUUAUGCAUGCUCCCACGGAUUGUCACUGGAAGAGUGCAGAAAGAGUGUUGGGAUAUCUAAAGAAUGACCCAGGAAAAGGACUGUUGUAUACUCGACAGGACAAACUUACCAUUGAGGGCUACUCAGAUGCAGAUUGGGCAGGUUGCACUGACACAAGGAGGUCUACUACAGGGUAUUGUAUCUUUCUUGGAGGUAACCUAGUUGUUUGGAGAAGUAAGAGGCAAGAAGUAUGUUCGAGGUCUAGUGCGGAGGCUGAGUACAGGGCUGUUGCAAUGGGGGUUACAGAGAUGCUGUGGCUGAAGAUUCUUUUGACUGAUAUUGGUGUGGAAUUGGGAGAUAAAAUGAAGAUGUACUGUGACAACAAGUCUGCGAUUAAUCUUGCCAAUAAUCCAGUUCUACAUGACAGGACCAAACAUGUGGAGAUUGAUCGUCAUUUUAUCCGGGAACGCAUUGACUCAAAGGAGCUGAUUCUGCCAUAUAUGAAGUCUGAAGAUCAAGUUGCAGACGUCCUAACUAAAGGGCUUUGUACUUCUUCAUUCGAAAAGAAUGUUAGCAAGCUUGGCAUGUUUGACAUGUAUGCCAAGCUUGAGGGGGAGUGUUAGAAUAUGUUGCU